UCCGUGCGGGCAGCGCCAGCGGCUGAGCGCGGUUUGGAGCCGGUGACGUCUGUGGAGGGAGGAAAACAGGCGGCGGAGAGCGGCUCAGCGCAGCCCAGCGGGCUCCCGGCCGGCUCGGGCGCUGUGCCCACCAUGCCCCCCCCGGGCCGGCCGCUGGGGUGCCGGGGGGCUGCGCUGAGCCUGGCCAUGGGGCCGUGGUGGUGGCCGCUGCUCUGGUGGCUGCACGCUGUGCUGCUCCUGGGGGGGGCACAGCGGCCCCCGGCCUCGCCACCCCCCUGGGUGCCCACGUCGGAGCCGGGGCCGUCGGGGGACGCCGAGGGCUCGGCGGCGGCGCUGGCCUUCCUGCGCUCGGGCGAUGCGCAGCGCCUGGCCCGGGCCAACUGCAGCCGGGGCGUCGCGGCGGGGGCCCCCGGCUCCGGCCCCCCCCCGGCUCUGCGGGCCGCCCUGCGUGCCGCCCCCGAGGCGCUGGCCCAGGCCGCCAACUUCCUCAACAUGCUCUUCCAGAGCAACGACAUCCGCGAGGCCAGCGUGGCCGAGGACGUGGAGUGGUACCAGGCGCUGGUCCGCAGCCUGGCCGAGGGGCACCCUUGGGUGCGCCGGGCGGUGCUGGCCCUCGACGCCCACCCGCUGGCCGCCAAGCCCCGGCUGAUGCUGCAGGCUACGGCGGGCGAGGGCGAGAUCCGGCUGCGGGACGUCUCCGCCGCCGCCCCCAGCCUGGGCAACCGCAGCUGGGACAACGAGUGGUUCAACGCCCUGCGCGCCCAGCGCAGCCCCCAGCUCCGCAAGAGGGUGCUCAGCAACGACCUGCGCAGCAUGGAGACCCCCAAAUGGCAGCGGGGAGACAGCUACGUGGGGGAGCCGGGCCACGUGCGGUGGUCGCCGCCGUUCCUCGAGUGCCAGGAUGGGAAAUUCCUGCCCACCUGGGCCGUCACGCUCUCCUCCGCCUUCUACGGGCUCAAGCCGGACCUCAGCCCCGAGUUCAAGGGCGUCGUGCGGGUGGACAUCGAGCUGCGGGACGUGGGCAUCGACCAGUGCGCCAGCGGGCCGGGCUGGUUCGCGGGCACGCACCGCUGCGACCUCAACAGCACCCAGUGCAUCCCCCAGGAGAGCCGCGGCUUCGUCCUCGGGCAGUACGAGUGUCGGUGCAAGCCGGGCUUUUACGGGGCCGGCGGAGUGGCCAUCAGGCACCCAGGGCAGGCGUGGCGGGGAGCGUGGUGCCGGCUGGAUGGGGGUCCCCAGGCUGGCUGCCGGCCCUGCCGCGAGGGAUGCGCCAGCUGCGUGGACGACACCCCCUGCCUGAUCCAGGAGGACCGGGCGCUGCGGGCGGCCAUCCUGUCCUGCCAGGCCUCCUGCAUGCUGGCCGUGUUCCUCAGCAUGCUGGUCUCCUACCACUUCCGAAGGAAGCAAGGCAAGAGCCGCCGGGGCUGCACCCGGAUCCGGGCGUCAGGAGUCGUCCUGCUGGAGACCAUCCUCUUCGGCUCCCUCCUGCUCUACUUCCCCGUCUUCAUCCUCUACUUCAAGCCCAGCAUUUUCCGCUGCAUCGUGCUGCGCUGGGUGCGCAUGCUGGGCUUCGCCACCGUCUACGGCACCAUCGCCCUGAAGCUGUACAGGGUGCUGAGGGUGUUCCUGGCCCGCACGGCGCAGCGCGUGCCCUACAUGUCGAGCGGGCGGGUGCUGAAGAUGCUGGGGCUGAUCCUGCUCCUGGUGCUGUGGUUCCUGGCGGCCUGGACCGUGGGGAUGCUGGAGAACGUCGACAAGAACAUCCCGCUGGUCGUCCGCACCCAGACCGCCCGCGGGCUCCACUUCUACAUCUGCGGCCACGACCGCUGGGACUACAUGAUGGUGGUCGCCGAGAUGCUGUUCCUGCUGUGGGGCAGCUCCCUGUGCUACGCCACGCGUGCCGUGCCCUCCGCCUUCCACGAGCCCCGCUACAUGGGCAUCGCGCUGCACAACGAGCUCAUGAUCUCGGCCGCCUUCCACGUGGCCAGGUUCGUCGUGGUCCCCUCGCUGCACCCCGACUGGACCCUGCUGCUCUUCUUCGCUCACACCCACAGCACCGUCACCAUGACCCUGGCGCUGAUUUUCAUCCCAAAGUUCCUGCACGCCGGCUCGCCGCUGCGGGAGGAGAUCGCAGCCGAGGUUUACGAGGACGAGCUGGACAUGCGGCGCUCGGGCUCCUGCCUCAACAGCAGCAUCGCCUCCGCCUGGAGCGAGCGCAGUCUCGACCCCGAUGACAUUCGGGAGGAGCUGAAGAAGCUCUACGCGCAGCUGGAGGUGCUGAAGACCCGCAGGAUGGCAGCCAACAACCCCCACCUGCCCAAGAAGCGCGGGUCCCGCCGCAGCCUGGGCCGCUCCCUCGUGCGCCGCCUCGCCGAGCUGCCCGAGGCCGUGGCCCCGCGGGGCAGCCGUGAGGAGCGGCUCCGGACCCCCGGCAGCUGCCGCGCCUCGGCCAAGCGGCUCCCCAGCACCGGCAGCGCCAGCCUGCGGGCACGGGAUGGGGGCUCCCGACACCACGCCGCUGCCCUGCGUAAAUCCCGCAGCUCCGAGACCCCAGCCUGGGACCCCCGGGGUGGCUCCCCCGACCCCAGCCCCAGCGGGGACACCGUGCCGGGGACCCCAGUGGUGACCACAGCAGGCUCGGGGCAAUCGGACAGCGAGUCCCUGGACGCCGCCCCACUCGUGUGCAAGUCAGCCAGCGCCCACGACCUGUCGGGGCACCAGCAGCCCCCCCAGCCCCGCGCCGCCCUCCUGCUGAAGUCGCUCAGCGUCGUGGCCGGCGCGCGGGACGAGGCCCUGCUGGUGGCCAGCCGGGCGGCACGGGGCGGGCGGGAUGCUGAGCGGGGAGCUGAGCACCGCGCCACGCAGCGCCCGGCCACGGGGCACCCCAUGGAGCAGGCACCCCCUGAGCAAGCUGCUGCAGCCGCCAGGGAUGGAUGUGCCCCACUGCCAGCUGGCUCUGGGCGUGCCGACGGGGGUCCCUCGCGUGAUGCGUCCCCCCCAGGGGAUGGCAAGGCGCAGAAGCACGUCACCUACGCGCCCACCAAGAGCAGCAGCGUCGACGGCUCCCACCUCUCGGGGCGGGUGCGGGUGGCGGUGAGGAAGACCCCGCCGCCGCCCCCCGUGCGGUACCAGAGCCUGGUGCACCACGCUGGGGACAGCAGGGAGACAGCGGAGCCACCAGAGCCACCCGAGGGGACACCGGGGCGAGCACACCCCCCGGCGGGGCAGGGCCGGCUGCAGUCUGCCCGCUCCAUCCCCGCGGAGGUUUGCCCCUGGGAGCUGAUCCAGGAGGAGAUUUUGAGCAGGAAGCAAAAAGCUGCCGAGCCUUCAGCCUCAGGGACCUCUGGGGACACCCCGGUGGCCCCCCCGAGCCUCAAGCCACCCUCCCAGAAAACCUUCAAGAGCCUGGGACUGGCCAUCAAGGCUCUGAACCGCUCCAGGGGGAAAAACAGCCUGAAAGGAAAGAAGGAGAGCGAGGGCAGCCUCAGGAAAAAGGGGCGAGAUGGAGAUGGGGGCAGCAGGAGGGAGAGGCCCAAGCUGGCAGGGACACCGACUUUUUCUCCGGGGGGGAGCAGCCAAGGCCCCACAAAUGGAAGCCCCAAGCCCAGCCCGCAGGAGGGGGACGCGGUGCCCUGGCAGCACAACAACAACGCCGGCUCCACGUCGGAAAGCGCAGCCUGGGGGGGCAGCGGGGGACAGGCAGAGGGACAGGAGGACGGCACGGCCGCGGAUGGAGGCGAUGGAGGAGAGGAGCCCGGCGCUGCCCCGGGGAGCACAGACACCGGCAGGGUCCCGGAGACCCCCUUGGGGACGCACGAGGUCUCGCCCAGCAGCAGCCGUGGGGACACCUCCGAGCACCCCCAGCAAACCCCAGCACCACCACCAGCACCACCAGCACCACCAGCACCACCACCACCACUGGAACUGGGCACAGGCGGCCCCCGGGUCCCUGGGCACAGCGCGGCUGCUGCGGGGCCGAGGGCUGAGGUGUGUCCCUGGGAAGCCCUGGGUGCCCCCCCGGGGGCUUUGGCACUACAGGAGGCGACGGCUGCUGGGGGGGGAAGCCCCAAGAAGGUUUUGGGGAAGGGGGGCAGCCAGCCCGGCCCCCGCAAUGCCAGGGAGGGACGCGGCACCGAGGGGCUCCCCGCGAGGAGCAGGAGCACGGAGGUGGCCCGGGCGGGUGGUGGCCUUAGGACAGAGAUCUGCCCCUGGGAGGGGAGCGGGGGUGAGGCUGGGCCCCCCCAUGGGGGUCCUGGCAGCGUUGGGCCUGGGGCAGAGCUGGGGGAAAAGCCCCCAGAGCUGCCGGCAGCGGCCCCAGGGACAGCGGGCAGCGGGGGGGGCAGGACGGCCGAGGUCUGUCCGUGGGAGAGUGCGGAGGGGGGGCCGGCCCCCAGGGCAGAAAUUUGCCCCUGGGAGGUGGGGGAGCCCCAGCCGGAGAAGGGGAAGGUGCAGCAGGACGGGGGGAGGCUGCCCAGGGGGGGCAGCAGCAUCCGGCCCCGGUCCCUGGGUCUGCUGAGGGCGCAGGACGGGGGGGGCAGGCAGCCAGCAGCCAGCCGGCCCUGGGGCAGCGCCAGCACCGAGCUGCCCCCCCCUCGGGCAGCUCCCCACAGCUCGGACCUGCCAAAAGUCACCUCCGAGAGCCCGGAGAGCGCGAGGGCCUCGGUGUGCCCCUCAUCGACCCAAGCUGGAAACGUUGGCAGCCUGAAGGCCGACGUCUGCCCGUGGGAAGCCGAGGAGGAGCCGCUGGCUAAAGCAGAAAUUUGCCCUUGGGAAGUGUCCGCGGCUCCGCAGGGGAAGGGAAGGGGGAGCCAGGACCCACGUGGGGCUCCCCCGGCAGCCACCAAACCCAAAUCGGGGGAACCCGAGGGCAGCAAAGCAAAGCUGGCCGGGGAGGGGGGUCGGGCGGCUCGCAGGGACACCCAGAUCUCUGCUGAGCUCUUUGGGAAGAGCCUGGAGGGGCCGAGAGCUGAGGCAAAGCAAUCCCAGAGCACGGAGAGCCCGAAGGCAGAAAUCUGCCCCUGGGGGGUGGCUGCAGCCCCCCUCGGGGAGCAGCCAAGGGCAGAGCAGGCCCUGAGGGCAGGCCCGCGGGGGGAGAAGCGCAUCAGGCGCCAGGCAGCGCUGGGCAGCCCGGCCAGGUCCCUGCAGGGGGGUGGCAGCGACGCUGUGAGCCCCUGGGACCCCCCAAAACCCCGCGUGGGGGUCCCAGCGCUGCCCGCAGCGAGGGAGGCUCAGAGCACCGAGAGCCCGAAGGCGGAGGUCUGCCCUUGGGAGGCUCAGGGGCUGGGGGCUGGGGGUAAAGCCGAGAUCUGCCCCUGGGAGGUGGCCGCUGUCCCCUCGGAUAAAGGGAAACUGAGGCAGGACGGAGGCGGUCGGCCUGGAGGGAGCAGGAACACCUCCACGGAGCGAGGUGGCUUGAAGGAGACCGGAGACAGCCCAAAAAGCUGGGACCGUGAGGCCGUCUGCCCCUGGGAGAGCAUGGGGGGCACGAAGAGCCCAGAGCUGCCGAAAGCUGCCCCCACCAAACCGGGGAGCACCGGGAGCAGCGUGGCCGAGGUCUGUCCCUGGGACAGCCCGGGUUUGGGGAGCCCAGCGCUGCCCCAAGGGAGAGCCCUGAGCACGGAGAUCUGUCCCUGGGAGGCUCAGGGGCUGGGAGCCGGGGAUAAAGCUGAAAUCUGCCCCUGGGAGGUGGCUGCAGCUCUGCCAGGGAAAGGAGCCUCCUCUGAGAGAACUGGGGCAGCCCCGGGGGAGGCGAGACCCCGGCCCCAACACCGGGGAGCCUCCAAGGCGGUGGAGAAGGGGAGCAGCGAGCGAGAGGCCGUGUGCCCCUGGGAGAGCCUGGGCACGGGGGAGCCCCCCCAAAAAGCUGGGACGGGGAGAGAGGCGUCCAAGAAGUGGGACAGCUCGGAGAGCCGGAGAGCCGACAUCUGUCCCUGGGAAGCAGCAGAGCCCGAGGCCCUGCAGAUCCCCACACCCAAACUGGGAGCUGAUGGAGCAGCCCCCGCUGGGAACGGGGACCCGAAGCCGGUGGCCACGUCUCCACCAACCCUACCGAAGGCCGGGGGCUGCUCUGGGGGCCAGGCUGAGCACAAGCCCCUGCGCCGCGUCCUGCCGGGCUCCCAGCCCCUGCGGGCAGCUGCGGGGCUCCCUCGGCAAGCACACGUGGCCAGCAGCAGCCCCAGCCCUGGUGCCAGCGUGGCCGAGGUUUGUCCCUGGGAGGCAGAGGAGGCCCCCCCAGCCCCCAGCAGCGAAAGCCAGAAAGCGCCCACGGUGUGCCCGUGGGAGGGGGACAGCACAGACCCCAGCCCGAGCCCCCGUGGGCUCAGAGAGGGGGGCACGAGGCAAAGCAGCCCCGAUGUCUGCCCGUGGGACCACGAGUAGCUCGCCUGCCCCAGCUGGCAGCGGUUGUGCAGGGAAAGUCCUGAGCUGAAUCCCGCCACCUGCCCGCAUGGGGACCCAAAACCCAGGGCUGGGGACAGCCCAGGGCUGCCUUCAGCAGGGGUCUGGGCUCCCGAGCACCACGGGAAUUCAGAGCGGGGGGAGCCGGCAGCCCCUGCACGCUGGAGCAGGUCAUCGUGAGCCCAGGGCAGCCACGGUGCCCCUGGGGAGGAGAACAGCUCCCCAGAAGUGUUUGUCUUAACUAAUUACGCCACUAACUCUGCAAAGCACUUCGUUAUUGCUGGCUACGUCUCUUGUACACACGUGUGCAAUGCCCAGAGCUCGCCUUCCCAUCGCAGGGGGGAUUUUCCAUCACCCUUUCCGCUGGCACUCCCCAGCCUUCACUUUUACUGCCCUCCUGUAGGAAGCUGGGGUGCCUUUAUCAUCCCCCGUUUCAAUUUCUUGCUGUAUUCACACCCCUUUUGUGGGCAGAGAUGGAAACCAGGUCCUGUAAGACAGGGAAGGUGCUGAUGCCAUGGGGGCACCACGACCUCCAGGGCACGAGGCAGGGCUGAUCCCAUCACCAGGAGAAGAGCUGGGCUGCACGCUGCGGGCUGUGCAGGUCCCGCUCCCCCCUGCUCCCCCCGGGCAGCACAGCACAGCCGUCUCCCCAGGUUUGUUCCUCUGCUCCAUUUGAGUGGAAGCAAAGCAAAACCAGAGGCACAAAAGCAAACACUUCUGUUCUCUCUGCUCUCCCUGCAAGGCUGGGGCUCAGGGCUUGUCCUGCUGUCCCUCCGUUUGCCUCCUCUCUCCUUAAAGUGGCGUCGCUGUUGUGUGCUGUGAUCCUCAGUGCCGAACGUCAAAGUCACGCAGUGUGUAAGUAAGUGUACAUACAGAAAAUAAAGUUAUCCUCGG